AUGGGUAAAGCUGGAAAAGGUACAGGAUCAUUUGGUAAGAGAAAUGGAAAAAGUCAUUUCCUUUGCUUAAGAUGUGGAAAAAGGAGUUAUCAUUUACAAAAAAAAAGAUGCGCUUCAUGCGGAUAUCCAGAUGCUAAGAAAAGAAGAUUUAACUGGUCAGUAAAAGCUAAAAGAAGAAAUACAAUUGGUACUGGACGAUGUAGAUAUAUUAAAACUUUGAGGAGAAAACUAAAAAAUAAAUUUGCUGAAGGAAGUACCCCUAAACCCAAACAAAGAUAA